UGUUGAAUAAAGACUUUGGUGAUUUGCGCGCGCAACUCCCCGCUUUUUUCGCUUACUUAGAGACUUUAUAAAUGACGUCACUGGAGUAGGUCGCGACACAUAGUUGACAACUGCAUUCAGAAGUCGAGGAUCAGCCAACUUCCGUCUUUUCAAUCAGAACGGAGGUGUAAUUUCCCAAAAAAAAAAAAAUGACGGAGACUUUAGAGCAGAUGUCCAAAUCGGACACACUAAAACUUCGAAAUAGACAUAUUGGAGAAUCAUGUACACUUUUUUAUCGAUCCAAUCCCUUGAAGAUUGUCAGGGGUGAGGCACAAUAUUUGUACGAUGAAAAAGGCGAGAGGCACCUUGACUGCAUCAACAAUGUUGCCCAUGUUGGCCAUUGCCAUCCGCAUGUAGUGGAAGCGGGACAAAAACAAAUGUCCUUAUUGUCAACCAACAAUCGCUUUCUUCAUGAUGAUUUAGUGAUUUGUGCCAAAAGAUUGACAUCAUUACUUCCCGAGCAGCUGUCAGUUUGCUAUUUGGUAAAUUCUGGAAGUGAAGCUAAUGAUUUGGCACUUCGACUUGCACAUACGCACAAUGGAAAUAAGGACAUUAUUGUCUUAGAUCAUGCUUACCAUGGACAUUUAACAUCCAUGAUUGACAUCUCACCAUACAAAUUCAAUCAACCAAAGGGAAUUGGAAAAAAAGAUCAUAUUCACGUGGCACCAUGUCCUGAUGUUUAUCGUGGAAAAUAUCGUGACGUUGACUAUCCUGGCGAGGAUCUUGGUCUAAAGUACGCGAAUGACGUGAGAAAAAUUUGUAAGGAUGUGAAAGAAAAAGAACGUGGGAUUUCAGCUUUCAUUGCCGAGAGUCUUAUGUCCGUAGGUGGACAGAUUCUACCACCUAAAAAUUACUUCAGAAAUGUCUACAGACAUGUCAGAGAAGCUGGUGGAGUUUGCAUUGCUGAUGAAGUGCAAGUUGGAUUUGGUAGGGUUGGAACUCAUAUGUGGGCUUUCCAGCUUUAUGGUGAAGACAUAAUUCCAGAUAUAGUUACUGUCGGAAAACCCAUGGGUAACGGACAUCCCGUAGCAGCAGUAAUCACUACCCGGGAAAUCGCUCGAAGUUUCACAGAUACCGGAAUUGAAUAUUUUAACACAUAUGGUGGAAAUCCAGUUUCCUGUGCAAUUGCUAAUGCAGUAAUGGACGUGAUUGAAAGGGAGAAUCUUCAGAAACGUGCACUAGCGGUUGGCAAUUAUCUUCUUCAUGAAUUGAAGAAACUGCAAAAACGUCAUUCUAUUAUUGGUGAUGUUCGUGGAGCAGGAUUAUUCGUGGGAAUUGAAUUAGUUAAAGAUAGAAUGAAAAGAACACCAGCAACUGCUGAAGCAAAACGAAUAGUAAUGAGAAUGAAGGAUGAAAAAAUUCUCAUCAGCAGCGAUGGACCCGAUGUUAAUAUAUUAAAAAUAAAACCACCAUUGGUUUUUAAUAAAGAAAAUGUCGAUCAUCUACUUUCUGUGCUUGAUGAAAUUCUUAAAGAAAUUGAAAUUGAAGACGAAGAGGUUGCUGAGCAAAGGGUUAAUAUUCUUAAAGCAGUAAUGAAACCAGUAAAAAUUGAAGGGGAUGGAGUUUCUAGUAAAGUUAAACCAGUUCUUGUUCGUGCGAGUUAAUUUUUUUUUAACGUAAUUUUUAGUAUUUUAUUGAUAUAGUGUAUGAACGUAUUUGUGUGUGAGAAAUUGUGUUGAUUAAAAUCUGUUAUCUUUUGUAAAUACAAAUAAAAAAUUGUGUGUAUGUGCUGACAUUUUUCAUUAUUAUUUUUUAAUAUUACAAUAAAAAUAUAUAAUACAUAUACAAUGUAUAUAAGUUGAAAGUUAAAAAUUUCUGAAUAAAGAUCAUUCUGACAAAUUGUCAAAUUUA